GGGCGCUCCAUGCUGUCAGUAUUUAACCGUUCUGUUUCCUGCGCAUUCAGCCAGGUUUCUGCAUUUGCAAAGCUGUUCAUCCAAGGUGAGCCCCUGUGCCGUUUAUAAUACACCAUUUGCAAGCCCGUUUCGACGUUUACUAUUACAUAAGCGUAGAUGUAAUGAAUAUAGAACGCCGAGUGGACGCGUUACCUGAACUUUUCCGUGAUAGAAGGAGUGUUAUUAGUGCCCAGCCUCCUGGAAAAGGUCCAUCUGAUAGACCUCCUGCCCCUUUUUUCCGCCCGCUCCUCCACCCCUUCGCACGCGACAUACAUCUCCACAAUCCCAUUUUGAUAAUCAAUAAUCGGGGGCUUUUUACCACGCUUUGGAGGGGUGCUCUUGAUAAAGCGUUUCUUGUGGCGUGCUUGAUACAAUUUAUAACCAGAGUAGGCAAGUUUUCAAAUGGGUGUUCGACAUCAGACUGUGGCAUGCGCCGUCAGUAGUAAUAGAUGGGUUGGACAAAUACUGGCAAAUUUUUUGCCGCCGAGGCGAGCCAAGCCGGCCAGCGAGGCGAGGCGAGGCGGCAAAAAGUUUGCCAGCAUUUGUCGAACCCAUCUAUUACUACUGGAUGGGGUUUGAUUCCGGCCAGGUGCCACAUGUCAGUUGAGUUUGUUGUUGGUUCUCGCCUUGCUCUGAGGGUUUUUAUCCGGCAUUUCUGGCUUUCCUUCUUCCACAAAAACCAACAUUAUAAAUUCCAAUUCUACCAGGAUAGAGAACGUGCGUGGAAACCAGCUAAGGCUGAGGUGGCAUCCUCUCUUAAUAUUGUCAUUCACUUUUAACUUAUGUAUUUAUUUAUAUUGCGAGACAACGCAAAAUGUUGUAUGAAAUUCAGCUGGUUCGAAUUCGUCGGGAAGGAAGAAGGGACGUAAUGACCCCAGUUUUAAUUUCCGCAUCGUGAGCACUGCUCUUGCCAACUCUCCCCGCUAUAAAAAAGAAAUAAACCAAUAUCCUGUUCGUGUGCACCAGCUUGCUCACUGUCCCUGCAACAUGGGUUCUAUGCGUACAUGCCAAGGGGCUGAUCUCCGCUUCACGAUGCCGCAACAUGUGAUUAGUGUGUGCCAGCCGACCUUUACACUUCUCGCGCUUGCCGUUCUUGGGUUCUGAUGAAUGAUAGAAUACAAGUCACUGUAUCAAACCUCUUGCAAUAUUUGCAUAACAACACUAGUAUAAAUUUACUCAGUUUUUAUAGUGCGACGCAACUUUAAUGAGAAUGAAGUAAGAAACUACAAUAGCCCAGUCGGUUACACUUACCGUACUCUAUAACUUAACUUAACACAUUGCCAAGUUGGAAGUUAUGCGACUUUUCAGUACACACUCUGCUCAUAAGGAAAAUGGCUGAACGAAUAAAUAUGACAUGCGCGUGCGUGAUGCACUUUCCAGUGAUCUCCAAGCUUGUUUCUUGAUUCUUCGCUCAACUCUGCGCAAGCAAAUGACUCUCGAGAGUUCUGUUACAGGAUGGAUUUUGAUUGGUUUAAAAAAAAACAAUAAAAGCGACCAGAAUAAAACAACAGGAACCUGAUUGAGGCACAUGUUUUUCAGCUAGAAAUGUGCGUUUCAACCGGAAGCGGGAUAUUUUCAGAUUUGUAAUAAGUGCUUUCCAGGGUCGCUCGAUUCUCGAGUGCUAGUAGGGAAACGAGUAAUCUGGGUUCCAGGUUGAAAUGACCCUUUGUUAAACAACGUCCCUUGUUUAUGUUUCAUUUCAUUGCAGCCGAGAUUAUUUACAGAUUACCAAUGAGAAGAAUCGGGUGUUUGGCAAGUACUGUGGUCGCAUGACUGAAAAGAGAGUUCUUGUAUAUGGAAAUUACGUCUUGAUAAAAUUCCACUCAGUCAGCAAUAUUCAAAACAGAGGAUUUCUAAUGGAGUUCUCAGCUGUUCUGCCACGCUCUGUUCCAGAACCUAUCGCCUUCUACCCCUUGAAUGCUCGCUAUAAAGCCACAGAAAAAGAGAACAGACAACUAAGGGGAACCCUGGGAGAUGUUGCGAUUACAAACGGACCCUACAACGAACCAGGCGGAGCGUACAUGUUUUAUGGCACUGCAAACAGCUACAUUGAGUUUCCGAAUAAAGGGGGCCUGGACACUCGGUUUUCAAUCACACUGAUGUGCUGGGUUCAACCCGUAAGCAGAGCUGGAUCACUACUAAGCUACGGAGUUUCUGGUCUCACUGUCUGUAUCAAGUUUAAGCACGGCAAAUUCUUUAAUCGAAUCGUCAAACACAGUUCUUUUAAAACACUGCCUACUAUAAGAACUGAGGUUCUUCCGGCAGGAAAGUGGGUUCAUGUUGCAGCAAGUUACGAUCACAACAGCGGAAAUAACUCGCUGUAUAUCAAUGGACAUUUGAGAGCCUCACAAAACAUUGGCACGGGUUAUGAGAUUGCAACCGCCGUCAAGAGAGUUCGAAUGGGGGUUAAAGAUAAAUAUUUCAAAGGGAAAAUCGCGGAAAUGAAGGUUUACGAUAUCGCACUGAACGAGGCACAGAUACAAACGUCGAUAAUGCAAGUGCCACCCAAGAUUGUUUCAGGUGCUGCGGUGAGAGUAGAGCCAGGUAGUCAAGUGCCAUGUUCAGCCACAGGAUCCCCUCCCAUAUACAUAGCAUUGCUACGGAACUUUACAGUGGUGAUGAACACAACAAACAUUACAAGCAUUAAAUUACACCAGGAAGGUAACUACACCUGUGUGGCCACCAACAAGUAUGGAACUGAUGUAAAGCACUUCGUAAUAAAAGGAGGGUGUGGUCCAGUGAUUGAAAAUACACUCAGAAGUCCCGGAUAUCCUAAUGAUUACCCAAAUAAUACAGAUUGUAUUUCUUCGGUUCCUAUUCCACAAGGCAUGGUGAUUAAUAUUACCAUCAACGAACUUUACCUGGAGGAUAGUAUAUCUUGCGACCGAGAUUAUUUACAGAUUACCAAUGAGAAGAAUCGGGUGUUUGGCAAGUACUGUGGUCACAUGAUUGGAAAGAGAGUUCUUGUAUCUGGAAAAUACGCCUUGAUAAAAUUCCACUCAAACAGCAAUAUUCAAAACAGAGGAUUUCUAAUGGAGUUCUCAGCUGUUGUGCCACCUUGUAAGAAAUGAUAAUUGAUAUGGAUUUUGAUGCUUUUAUGAUUGAGAUAAUAACUUUAAAACGUCUUAAGGCACAGAAGAGAGAUAUUUCUUGAACAAUUAUAAACCAGAACUGACAAGGCCGAGUAGGCGUGUAUUUGUAAGAGUGACUGCUGAGGACGAUAGAAGUUGAUAUAGAGAAUCAAUCAAUACAAUGAAUAACGAUCUCACAAUACCUAUAGACUUAGAUAAUGACUUUGAAAAACGAUGCAAAUUUGAAAUUUUGCAACACACUCUACCAAGCUUUGGAUUCUCAAAUUUUACAUCGAGAUAGCCUCCUUUAAGACAAGUGAAAUUUUUGAGUGCCCAAAGGAGUUUUUAUCUUGUACACGUAAGGAACAAUUAACAAAAACUUUGUCCCCCAGUGUCGCGAGGACCUCGAUGACAGAAGUCCGUCUUGCAUGCGGCCAUGAUAUAGACUCAGUGAUUUGGGUUCGAAGUCUGACUAUAGGGAGGCUGUCCCAAAGCAUCAUCGGGCAAAGACAUUAUCGGCAACCAAUCAGAGAAGACCGCGACGUCAGCAUACGUAAUUAGAUACUUACAGUUUUGUUGGCUUCCCCAGUCCCCCUUUCUUAAGGAGAGCACUAAACCCUAAGAUCUCACCAUUGUGGGUACUCCCCGAGGGUUGGCUACCCCAGUUCGAGUACACCAAAUUCAUCUCCCACAUAAAUAAUUUCUAACAUCUCAUUUAGAGUUGACAGUUAUUUAUGAUAAUACAUUGUUCGUGGCUAGUCUUAUGCAGCUCGUUUC